UUGUUUCAGACUAGUGAAUGCUCUUUAGAUUACCUGUGACUGUUGGAAAAAUCAAAAAGUAGAUUAAAAGAAACAGAGUUGAUAGCUCACCUAAAUUCACAACGAGAGGGCAAUUGCCGAUUCACAAAAUUUAAUAUUCGGUAGUUUCGUAAAAUUUGACUGCGUCUGAGCCAUGAACGGUGGGCAUCCAUACGGAGACGUGCACUCUAACGGCGAUUCGGCGAAGGUUAUGUAUAAUGGCUCAUAUCUUCAUCAACAGGUGCCGAACUUAUCAAAUGGAGACGUGCUGUCCAAGUUCGAGCUGGCUAAAAAGGAGAUGUUGCAACAGUUCGUCCAGCUGCAGAAAACGACAAAAGCUCUGUCUACUGCUUUCUCAGAUUUUUCAAGUACUGCCGGCAAAAUUGAGCUGGAUUUGGACGUGAAGCCAGUGGAUAAUGCAGUCAGCCAAAUUGACCAUAUAAAUGACGUCAUUGCUCGUGACCAGAUGAAAGUAGUCUUCUUCGGCAGGACGAGUAGUGGCAAGAGUAGUGUGGCCAAUGCUAUUCUUAGAGGAAAAAUAUUGCCUGUGGGAAUGGGGGACACUACCAACUGCUUCAUCACCAUGCAGGGCACUAGCCAGUCAGAGCCAUACAUGCUACACCCACUACACCCCGAUACGCCACAGAGUGUGCAUUCAGUGGCGCAGCUAGCCCAUGCUCUGGACAAGAACAAGUUACAAAGGAGCAGUCAGCUCAUCAUCUACUGGCCCAGCGACAAAGUGGACUUACUGCAGCACGACAUCCAACUCAUAGACAGUCCAGGCAUCUCAGUGGACAUCCAGACUGAUCUCUGGAUCGACAAGUACUGUUUAGACGCGGAUGUGUUCAUAUUCGUGGCCAAUGCGGAGUCCACGAUAAUGGAGACGGAGAAACAGUUCUUCCACAAAGUCAGUGAGCAUCUGAGCAAGCCGAACAUAUUCAUUCUGCAGAACAAGUGGGACUUGGCCGACUGCAGUGACGUGGACCCGCUUAGUGUAAAGCAGCAACACGUUGAACGAAGUGUCGAAUUUUUGAUUGAUGAGUUGAAAGUGAUGGAUGACGCUCUCGAGGCAGAGAAGAGAGUGUUCUUCAUAUCAGCCAAGGAAGAGCUCAUUUACAGAAUACAAGAGGGCAAAGGUCAAACAGUGGAGAUCUCGGGCGAGUACAGGGAUGCGAUUGAGGAGAGGAGGCGAGAGUUCAAAUCUUUUGAAUCGGACUUUAAGUUCUGCGUGUGUGACUCUGCAAUCAAGACCAAGUUUGAAAAGCACACCCAGAAGGGCAUUGAGAUCAUGAGCAAGGUCACAGAGCUGCUGCAGAAUGUAUCGGAGUCUGCUAAAAUUAAACGAUCCCAAAACGGAGUACAGCACAAUGAACUUGUGAAGCAAUACAAACAGAUGAGAACCCGGGCCAAGAAGUUGGAGGCGUUUCAAAGGGAAGAGGUGGCAAAGUUUGGAAACCAAGUCCAAGCCAAUUUCUGCGUGUGUGACUCUGCAAUCAAGACCAAGUUUGAAAAGCACACCCAGAAGGGCAUUGAGAUCAUGAGCAAGGUCACAGAGCUGCUGCAGAAUGUAUCGGAGUCUUCUAAAAUUAAACGAUCCCAAAACGGAGUACAGCACAAUGAACUUGUGAAGCAAUACAAACAGAUGAGAACCCGGGCCAAGAAGUUGGAGGCGUUUCAAAGGGAAGAGGUGGCAAAGUUUGGAAACCAAGUCCAAGCCAAUGUUUCAACAGUGAUGGCAGAGGAAGUGCUUCAAUUGACUUUGAUCCUGCAGAAGUUUCCUCAGCCCUUCCCCUCCAACCCCUCGGGUCUGCCUCAGUUCAAAGAGGAUCUGUUCGCGUUUAUAGACAGGGAACUGAAGAAGGCCGUCGAUGGAAGAUACCACAAAGACAUAAUCACAAGCUUCGAAAAUAUACGAACCAGGCUCAUUGAUGACGCGGAGUUGAUCAUCCCCGAAAUAUGGACGAAAAAACAAACACGGCCAGUGAGUGUGGAUUUCCUCAGGAAGGAGAGACUCUCGCCUGGAAUCAACUACUCCGUUUCCUGCAGUUCCCUCUGCGCCAACUUCAAGGAAGACCUCAGCUUCAGUUUCUCACUCAGUCUCAACAACCUCCUCAGGAAGAUCAUAGGACCCGCAAUGUCCAGAAGCAUGAUGAGGAAUGCUGCUAGCAGACGUGUUCCAACCCAGGAAGAGUUAAGCGAUAGUUCGCAGUCGUCUGCAAGAUCGGAGCAGCAUUUGCUUGUUCCCAUUAUGGCGUCUAUGGCCAUGCUGCCUUCUAUGGGACCCUUUGGUCUCGUGAUAGCUGGCGGAAUUAUUUGGAGUAAGAUCAGCUGGAAAGUGAUAGUGUUGGUGGGUGGGUGUUACGGGGGUCUGUAUGCGUAUGAGAGACUGACGUGGAAUGUGGUGGCCAAGCAGAGGAGCUUCAAGCGUCAACUGGUGGACUUCACCACCCCACAACUCUCCUCGGUCAUUCCCAUGGUCAGCCGCCACUGCAGCGACUCACUCGUCGCAGAUAUGCAGAACACCUACGACACCUUGAAGAUAGACGUGGAUGCUUCUCUGUCGGACUCUAGGAAGGAAAUCGAGACAUGCGAGAGGGACAUUAAAAGUUUAAAUGAUGUAGUUGAUAUAUCCACAUCAUACAUUGCGAAAAUACAUGGACACGAGCUGCAAUUUACUGGCUUUUUGCAACGAUUUCUACAAAUGGGGCAGUAGUUUUGAAGAUAUUUUCACGCCUCCUUCUUGCAAAUAACUGCCAGAGGAUAACCACUCAACACAUACAUUGCAACCCCGAGGAAACUAAACUGGACUAUGUCGUCUGAGACGCUCCCAGAGACUUUCCAGAUGCAAAUUAAUAUUUCCAGAUAUAGUUGACUCUAAUUUAUAUCAACAGAAAACAUAAUAUUUGCAACGCACUGUGUUAUUAGUCAUGAUUUUGAAUCAGAAUUAACGUAACGCGCAA